UAACGACUUCUUUCUCAUUCAAGAUUGUAAUCGCUUCCGGCGGCGGUCGUCGUCGUAGCUUAUAACGUUUAUGAUCAGCCGAAGUAUGGAAUCGACGAUAGCCUACCAGCCGAGCCAGCCACAUUUCUUCUCCAAACGCGGUCGCGUGCCCGCGUUUGGAUCCAGCUACCUACUCAGGCAAAGCCAUUCUCCCUGAAUCCUGCAUUGUUGUACAAAUUAUCCGGACAUGCGCCCGCCCCAAUCGGCGGCCUAUGUACUACAGGCCUCCGGGCUGUUCGCCAGCGGUCACCUCGAACGCUGUCAAAAUUUGAUGAACUAUUUACAACGCACAUUUCCUUAUGGAUGCCGUGAGUUAUCCUCACCGGCCUGGGAAAGCCGGAAGCGAAUGGACGCCGAACAGGUACUUUGCAGUGGAAAGUUUCAUUAUACUUCCCGAACAGAAGGAUCAUUAUCCGCUAAGAUAGUCGCACGCACCCGAUGUGCGUGUACUAUCGCAUAUCAGUUCAUACUUCCGUCUCCUAUGCCACCUUCCACCUUAAGCCAAGUGGGGUUGUUUAUCAAUAUCGUACACACGUCGCAAGAGGGUGUAAGUUGUCGUCCAAAUCCAUCUAUCCGGGUGCUGCUAGCAUCGGCGUGGUCCUUUGCAGGCAAACAUGAUACACUGCUGGCAUACCAUUCAAGGGUAAGUUCAUUUCAUACAAGCUAACAUGAAUCGGUGACAGCCACUGUUUUUGAAUGUCACCCACCAACCUCUAUGGUAAUGCUUGUUUCUGUAAAAGGGAUACGUAUGCACGUAGCGCAUGAUGGCACGAUGAGUCACUAUGAUGUAUGACAGCUAAAUCCAACUCCCUGCAACAAUAUUGCUGCAGUCAAAAAAUAUAUAUGCAAGAAAGCUACGCUGAAGCCGCAGCCAUCUUUU